CGCACUUUCUGGAGGAGAGCACCAGCCCAGAGAGAGUGCAGGCGUGGAGGGGGGUCACCAGUUUUUUAAUCCCAGUCCCACACUGAAGAAAGUGCCUCUCCGUUUCUGUGAGAAUGGAGAACUCGCACACCAAAGAGUCGGCCGACGUUCUGGCCUACUUUGGGGUCACCGAAGACACCGGCCUGCCGCCUGAGCAGGUGAAGCAGAACCUGGAAAAGUAUGGCUACAACGAGCUGCCAGCAGAGGAGGGAAAGAGCAUCUGGGAGUUGGUGGUGGAGCAGUUUGAGGACCUGUUGGUCAGAAUCCUUCUUCUGGCUGCGUGCAUCUCCUUUGUGCUGGCUUGGUUUGAAGAAGGGGAAGAAACCGUCACUGCCUUUGUGGAGCCCUUCGUCAUCCUCCUCAUCCUCAUUGCAAAUGCCAUUGUUGGAGUGUGGCAGGAGCGCAACGCAGAGAGCGCCAUUGAGGCCCUGAAAGAGUACGAGCCCGAAAUGGGAAAGGUUUACAGAGCAGACAGGAAGAGUGUGCAGAGAAUCAAAGCCAGAGAGAUCGUUCCUGGGGACGUGGUGGAGGUUUCUGUUGGUGACAAAGUGCCAGCUGACAUCAGGAUCAUCUCCAUCAAGUCCACUACUCUGCGUGUGGACCAGUCCAUCCUGACAGGAGAGUCUGUCAGCGUGAUCAAACACACGGAUGCUGUCCCAGACCCCCGAGCCGUCAACCAGGACAAAAAGAACAUGUUGUUCUCUGGCACCAACAUCGCUGCAGGUAAAGCCAUCGGCAUCGCAGUUGCAACUGGUGUCUCCACUGAGAUCGGGAAGAUCCGUGACCAGAUGGCAGCCACGGAGCAGGAGAAGACCCCUCUGCAACAGAAACUGGAUGAGUUUGGAGAGCAGCUUUCCAAGGUUAUCUCCCUCAUUUGUGUGGCUGUGUGGAUAAUCAACAUUGGCCACUUCAAUGACCCUGUCCACGGGGGUUCCUGGAUCCGUGGUGCCAUCUACUAUUUCAAGAUUGCUGUGGCUUUGGCUGUGGCUGCCAUCCCUGAAGGCCUGCCUGCCGUAAUCACCACUUGCCUGGCUCUGGGUACACGUCGUAUGGCCAAAAAGAACGCCAUCGUCAGGAGCCUUCCCUCCGUGGAGACUCUGGGCUGCACCUCCGUCAUCUGCUCCGACAAGACAGGCACACUCACCACCAACCAGAUGUGUGUCACCAAGAUGUUCAUCAUUGAUAAAGUUGACGGUGACAGUGUUGCCCUGAGUCAGUUUGACAUUUCAGGCUCAAAGUACACCCCUGAAGGAGAAGUCACAAAGAAUAAUGCACACAUGAAAUGCGGACAGUUUGAUGGACUGGUUGAGCUGGCGACCAUCUGCGCUCUGUGCAACGACUCUUCUCUGGACUACAACGAGUCCAAGGGUAUUUAUGAGAAAGUGGGGGAGGCCACUGAGACAGCCCUGUGCUGUUUGGUGGAGAAGAUGAACGUGUUCAACACUGAAGUGCGUGGUCUGUCCAAGGUCGAAAGAGCUAACACCUGCUGCUCGGUCAUCAAGCAGCUAAUGAGGAAGGAGUUCACCCUGGAGUUUUCCAGAGACAGAAAGUCCAUGUCAGUCUACUGCUCACCUGCCAAGUCGGCCAAAGCUCCUGUCGGGAAUAAAAUGUUUGUCAAAGGUGCUCCUGAAGGUGUCAUUGACCGUUGUGAGUAUGUUCGCGUUGGCACCAAUCGUGUACCACUGACUGCCCCAGUCAAAGACCAGAUCAUGUCAGUCAUCAAGGAAUGGGGCACUGGGCGGGACACCCUUCGCUGUUUGGCUCUCGCCACACGUGACACACCUCCGAAGAAGGAGGAGAUGAACCUGGAGGACUCCAACCAUUUUGUAGAAUAUGAGACUGACUUGACCUUCGUUGGUUGUGUUGGCAUGCUCGACCCCCCUCGUAAAGAGGUCAUGAGCUCCAUCGAACUGUGCAAGGCUGCUGGCAUCCGUGUCAUUAUGAUCACUGGAGACAACAAAGGUACUGCUGUGGCCAUUUGCCGACGCAUUGGCAUCUUCUCUGAGGAUGAGGACGUCACUGGGAAGGCCUUCACCGGCCGUGAAUUUGAUGACCUUUCUCCAUACGACCAGAAGAACGCUGUCCGAAAGGCUUGCUGCUUUGCCAGAGUAGAGCCGUCCCACAAGUCAAAGAUUGUUGAGUUCUUGCAGGGCUUUGACGAGAUUACCGCCAUGACCGGCGACGGAGUGAAUGAUGCCCCUGCCUUGAAGAAGGCGGAGAUUGGCAUCGCCAUGGGCUCUGGCACUGCCGUUGCCAAGUCUGCCUCUGAGAUGGUCCUGGCUGACGACAACUUCUCUUCCAUUGUGUCUGCUGUUGAGGAGGGCAGAGCCAUCUACAACAACAUGAAGCAGUUCAUUCGUUACCUCAUCUCCUCCAAUGUAGGCGAGGUUGUCUGUAUCUUUCUGACAGCUGCCUUGGGUCUGCCAGAGGCUCUGAUCCCCGUCCAGCUUCUCUGGGUCAACCUUGUGACUGACGGUCUGCCUGCCACUGCACUCGGCUUCAACCCUCCAGACCUGGACAUCAUGGGCAAAGCCCCCCGCUCCCCAAAAGAGCCCCUCAUUUCAGGCUGGCUCUUCUUCAGAUAUCUGACCAUUGGAGGUUAUGUUGGUGCUGCAACAGUGGCAGCAGCUGCUUGGUGGUUUUUAUAUUGUGACGAGGGCCCAGCGGUCACCUUCUACCAGCUGUCUCACUUCAUGCAGUGCAGCGAGGAGAACGAGGAUUUUGAAGGUAUUCGCUGUGAGGUGUUUGAGUCUUCCCCGCCGAUGACCAUGGCUCUGUCUGUGUUGGUCACCAUAGAGAUGUGCAACGCUCUGAACAGCUUGUCAGAGAACCAGUCUCUGGUGCGGAUGCCCCCCUGGAGCAAUGGCUGGCUGAUGGGUGCCAUGACCCUCUCCAUGUCUCUUCACUUCAUGAUCAUCUACGUCGACCCCCUGCCCAUGAUCUUCAAGCUCACUCAUCUGAACGUGGAGCAGUGGAUGAUGGUGCUGAAACUUUCCUUCCCGGUCAUCCUUCUGGAUGAGCUUCUCAAGUUUGUGGCUCGCACAUAUCUGGAGGGAAAGGUUUAAAGCUCGAGCGCAACAGAGCGUCUGAAGCGAGGCGAGACACAGAGGGCAGAGCGGCGGCGCUCCGAGUCACAUGAUCAAAACAUCAAACACACAAAGCAUCUGUAAAUACACCCAAAACAAAAGCUGCAAACUUUUUUCUUUGUCUGUGUAUGUCCAGAAAAUAAUAUAAAGC